GUCGUAGCUAACAUCAAGGCAAUUCAACAAGAAAAUAAGUUAAGAGAAGUGAGUUGCAAGGAGAAGAUCAGAAUGGGAGAUUUGAUGCAGAGAAUCAUGGAAAUGAUCAAGGCUGAGGAAGCAGCGAAAGGGUACAACAAUGGUUCUUCAAACUCAUUCAACAACCAUGGCAGCGGUCCCCAGCAUUUCGGCGGCGCAACCAUCAACAGUGGCCAAUAUGCAGGUAACCGUAGCAGGUUUAAACACUCAGAGCACUACGAUGAACAGGUUCUGAAUAACACUGGUACUUUCAAUGGUAAUGGCAACGGAGGGAGUAUCCAGGGUGGCUUUAAAGCCGAAACAAGGAACUUCUACCGUCGACCUUAUGAUAAUUAAUUGUGUGUAGUUUAUAUAUACAAAACGGGCAUCACUGUGUGGUGUUAUGUUGUAUUAUAUAGCCAUAAAUAAUGUUGAGCACAGCUCUAGUGUUAUGUUAUGUAAUGAAUAAUGGUUUUGGGGUUUUAUCUUAACCUCAAUAUGCUUCUCA